UGACUGGUGACGGUGUUUUGUGGCAAACUGUAAAUGAUGGAAUCAAGAUAUUAUGUUGGCCUCAUCUGGGACUCUGGAUUUGGGGGGGGAUUCAUUUCAAGAGUAUGGACUCUCCAUUCAAACAUAGCUUUACAGGAAGUUACUGUCAGCCGCCAAGCCUGGAGAAAAUUUCAGUGCCCACUGCUGGUGUUGAACAAAGGCCAGUCUCUAAUCAAGUGGACCUCGCCAUGGAGAGAACAUCUGAAAGCAUUGGUGUGAUCGAUUUAGGUCUAAAUAGCAAAGCAGUGGCAUCUGCUUUGAAAAGCCUUCAGGAAAAGAUUUGGUGCAUGGAAGUGGAGCGAACAAAAGCUGAACAAAACCUAAAGCGUUUGGGUCUUGAGGCCAGUCAAUAUAAAAACGCUUUGGAGCAAGAAAAGAAGGAGGUCGUUAAUGUCAAGAGUCAAGUAACUAAUGAAAUUUGUGCUCAACUGGCAACUGUUGAAGGUCGGUGCUCACUGCUCGAGAAACAGCUUGACUAUAUGAGGAAUAUGGUGGUACAAGCAGAAACUGAAAAGAAUAUUUUACUGGAAAAGCAGGCCUCAUUGCAGUUGGAAAGGUACUGGGAUAAUGCAGAACUGCAAUCAAAGCUAGAAAAGCUGGAAAUCCUAGAACAAGACUGUUUCAAAGUUAAUGCAACACAGGACAGAGCCGAGAAUAAGAUUCAUGAACUAGAGCUGAAACUUCAAGAGGAAGAACAUCAACGUAAACUAAUACAAGAUAAAGCAGCUCAGCUGCAGACCGGACUUGUAAUGAAUCAAAUACUCAUGGAGUCAACCUCUGCAAGAAUGAAAAAGAAAAAGAAGAAAAAGCAAGGAAGUGGGAAGAUCAGUACAGGGCAAGAAUACAUUCGACCGCCUAGUGCAUGGCCUAAACUUGCAGACUUUCCAUUUGUUGCUGGGAAGUCCACCAGUCACAGUCACUCUGUCACAGCAAAUGUGCAGAAUGUUUUCCAUUUGAUGAAAUACCAUAAUACAAAGAUUAACGAUGGAAACCAGAGGCCCCCUGAGCGAAGAACUUUUACGAAUUCAGGGGAGAGAAGUUACGACAGCAAUACUUUGAAGAAUGAAGCACCGAGAUCUGUGUCAUCUUGUUCCUCCUGCACACCAUCUGAAGGGUUAUCUGAACUCCUCCUCGCAUUACAGGAUGAGCUGGGUCAAAUGAGCUUUGAGCAUCAAGACCUCCUAAAACAGAUACAGGAGACCAAAAAUACUAACGUUCGGGAAGACUUGGAACGGGAACUGGACUCUCUAGUAAAACGGAUGGAAAGGAAAGGGGACCAGAUUUGUAAACUUAAAAAACACCAAAACAAUGUUGAGAAAUUGAGACAAAAGGCAAGAAAACUGAAGCGGCAGGCAGCCAGCGUGAAGAAGAGAGCAAAAGAUUUAGAUGGAAUGAAUGAGCUGCCAGUUAUCCCCAGGGGAACAGAAUUUUCAGCCAAAACAACUUCUGCUCUUGGGCAGAAAGGAAAAGAAAGCCUUCAGCUGCUUAAGAAUGCACAGAAACUGCAGAUGACCUUGAAGAAAGAUGACAUUGUGUGGGACCAAUGAGGGCUGUUGUACAAAAAGUACAGGCUAUAAAUUGGAUUUAGGAUUUAAGUCACCAACAAUACUGAGAAGCACUUAAAAAUUGUAGAUAUUUUGGUCUAGUUUUUGCAUAUUUCCUUUUAUUCAUUGUUUCAUAAAGGAUCUGUUCAUGUUUUAAAAUAGACUUUUCCUACUGCGGUGAAUUGCUUUUAAAUUUAAGGGCUAAUCUGUUCAGGUUUUGUCUGUCUUUCUAUACUCAUACAUUAUUAAUCUGUUUUAUGUAAAUGACUUGCAAUAUGCACUUGGGGUAACUUAUCUGCUGGAAUAUUCUUGUUGAGUUAGAUUACUGAUUUUCAAUUUUUGAAGUGCAUGAAUUGUUGCUUAUGAAUGCAAAAAUACUAAUAAAAAUCAAUUUUGCAUAACAUCGCCAUGUCUAAUUCUCAUUGCUUUCUUGAAUAUAUACAUUUUACAAAAAUGUAUUACUAUGCAUUGUUUUCUUUCCCCGAGGAUAGCCAGUGACCUACUUCCCAUUUUGUGUAUGGGGCUCUUAUACAGAAUUUGCUAGUAGUACGUUAUCGCGAGCUGGUGACCAAAGGCUUUUCAUUUCACUGUUGUGCUGUUUCUUGCUCAAAGCUACCUAUGUCGAUGCAGGAAUACUCUUCUUGCUGUUCAUUUCUCGCAGUUCUUGCUGAUCGUUCCUCACACACUUACUCUGUUGGCUAUUUCUUAUCUUUGCUAGCUUUUAGAAGGAUGACAUUUAAGACCUUAGACCUACAUUACCUGGCCCAAGAUAUUCUGGGAGCAGAUUAAAAUUAAAUUGUUUUGAUCCUCCUCACUCAUUGGGUAAAAUACUAUUCUGCAAUAACUAAGCAUUAAAUAUUAUUUUCAUACUCCA